CUUGGAGAAAGAACGACGUGUCAAGCAUCUAGAUGAAAAGAGAAAGAUUUCGAUAAGCAUCGUACGUUGAUUAGGUAGUUAGAGGAUCUGUAAGUUUACACACCGUGUAUCUCACCUACGAGGAAGCUCGCUCGUGUCUGCUGUGUGCUUUUAACUACCAUUUUCCACUUUCCACUUUCCACUUUCAUAAUCACUUUCCACAAACACAAACAUAGAAGAAGAUGGCGUUAGGUGUACCUGCUGUUCCCUUCACUUACGUUGCUCAUCUUCUUGGUAUUGUCGCCAUCGUUUUGGUCUUGUUCUGGAACUUACACUUCAGAGGUGGUUUGGCUUGGAAUUCUGACAACAAAGCUCAAAUCUUCAAUCUUCAUCCUGUUCUUAUGCUUAUUGGAUUAAUAAUAAUUGGAGGUGAAGCUAUUAUAAGUUACAAAUCUCUUCCAUUGAAGAAGGAAGUAAAGAAAUUGAUACACCUUGUACUCCACGCCCAUGCAUUAGUACUUGGAAUAAUUGGAAUUUGUGCUGCGUUCAAGAAUCACAAUGAAAGCGGGAUUGCCAAUCUGUACAGCUUACAUUCAUGGCUUGGAAUCGGGGUUAUUUCCCUUUAUGGCAUUCAGUGGAUAUUUGGGUUUGUGGUAUUUUUCUACCCUGGCGGGAGUUCAGAGUUAAGACGUGAGUCAGUUCCAUGGCACGUGUUAUUUGGGCUGUUUGUGUAUAUUUUGGCUCUCGCCACUUCUUCUCUUGGGUUUCUCGAGAAGCUCACAUUCCUGGAGAGUUCAGGAGUUGCAAAAUACGGGGCUGAAGCUUUACUUGUCAACUUCAAUGCUAUAAUCACAAUCUUAUUUGGUACCUUUGUUGUAUUAUCUGCCAUAUCUCAAGCUCCUCCGGCUGCUGAUGACUACGCACCCAUAUAGAUUUCACUUGGCAAUGGCAUCAUGUUUUUAUGAAUUUAUUAAGUUAAGUAAUAUCACGUCUGCUGUUGUAAGUUUGUUGUACUUGGGACUAAGGGAAUACGAUCUGUUUAUAUGGUUGGACUCGGCUUGUAUUUGAUAUUCAAUAGUAUCCACGAAACAUGAAAUUAUAUUGAUUUGGAUCGGUAUAACUUGGGGUUAA